CCACCCCUCACGGACCCAGGAGGGAGCCAGGACCAUGUUCCAGUAAAUGAAGACGGCAGCACACGCCCUGAGCGCCGACUCCCUGCCAGAGACGCGGCAUCAGACCGGAAAGAAUGAGGAGGCGGCUCCAGGCUCACCCACGCUCAGGGCGGGGAGGGAGGACGACAGGAAGGGCCCGCCGUCUAUCCUGAGACGAAGCCCGCAGGAGCACCGCAGCCAUGGGGCCGAGCCACGGAGGACCACGAGGCGCGUGCGGUUCCGCGAGCCCCUGGAGGUGGCCGUCCACUACAUCGCCUGCAGGGAGCCCUCCGCCACAGCCAGGGUGCCCAGCUGGCGCAGGCCCCGCGACGGCGCCCUGAUCCUGCGGCUGACAGCGUGCGUCCUGCUGGUGCUGGCCCUGGGGCUGUGCUGCAGCCGGGCCGAGCCCGUGGCACUGGCCCUGGAGGACCUCCGGGCCCAGCUCCUGGUCCUCCUCCUGCGCCUGCGGCUCGCGGCCCUGGCCUGCUGGCGCCAACUCCUGCAGCUCUGAUGGCCGACGCUCA